CAUUGUACUUCUGACAGUUCAAAGCAGACAACUAUCAAAUUUCGGUCAAUAACUUCUGGAAGAGUCGACAAAAACUGUGUUCGGCACAAGCCCGUUGUUCAACGAAAACUCUAAAACCACAAGUUCAAAAUGGCAGUUUCGAUGGACGACUACAAACUGAGCUGCGAGCUAAUCGGUCACAGCAUGGAUGUGCGCGGCGUUGGCGAGGUACCGGCCGGAAUUGUGUCCGUUUCUCGUGACAAAACCGCGAAAAUUUGGAAAACAGAUGGGCGGAUAUACUUCCUAAACACGACGCUCACUAACCACACAAAUUUCGUCUCGUGCGUUUGCUACUUGGAGGAUGAAGGUUGGAUUUGCACGGGCAGCAAUGACUCGACAAUUUGCAUCUACGCGGAAGCGACGAGUGCGCUGAUAGGCACUCUGAAGGGGCACAAGUCGGCGGUUUGUACUCUUGCCAAGGGCCUGGGACCGAAAACACUCCUCUCGGGGAGCUGGGACCAGACCGCGAGGGUGUGGCAAAUCUCCGAGGCAGGGGCUUCCACGUUCAAAUCGCUCGAGGGACAUCAGGCUGCCGUGUGGGCUGUGACCUCCUGGAAACCGGAUAAAAUAGUGACCGGGUCGGCCGAUAAGAAUAUUAUGUUCUGGAAUCAAAAUGGGGAGAAACUUCGAGUGCUUAAAGGUCACACUGACUGCGUGCGGAGCCUAAUCGCAUUGGACAAUGGAUUCCUAAUAAGUGCCGGCAACGACGCGGUGAUUCGUUACUGGGAUCGAGACGGUGAAUGUGUGAAGGACCUGCACGGCCACGAAAACUACAUUUACACGAUUGCCCUUCACAAGCACUUCGGUGAGAACGUUGUGGUCUCGUCCAGCGAAGACUCGACUAUUCGAAUGUGGGACCUGAACUCGGGUCAACUAGGUCAGGCUAUGCUUUUGCCGGCGCAAUCCGUUUGGUCGGUGGCAUGCCUUCGAAAUGGGGACAUCGUGACUGGCACAAGCGACGGAGUCGUCCGCGUGUUUACCAAAGACCCUAGUCGUACGGCGCCUCCCGAUGCGCUAAAAGCCUACGAAGCGGCCCUCGCAGGCAAGAAAGAGGAGUCGAGUAAGAUGCUGGGCGGCAUCAAGCAUGACGAUUUACCCGGCUUGGAGGCCCUCAACGAGCCCGGAACAGAGGAAGCCAUUCGCGUCGUUAAACAUCCAGACGGGAAGGUUUUCUGCUACCAAUACAUGAAAGGCAAAUGGAAUCUCGUUGGCGACGUCUUAGGCGCAUCGGGCGGCACGCAGAAGACGUCGGGCAAAAAAUUACACGAGGGGAAGGAGUACGACUACGUGUUCGAUGUUGAUAUUUCAGACAACGCGCCGCCCAUCAAACUGCCUUAUAACCGCACCGAGGAUCCCUGGCAUGCAGCCCAGACCUUCAUUCACAAACAUAAUUUACCGCAAGUGUACUUGGAACAAGUCGCCAACUUUAUAAUUACGAAUUCAGAUGGGGUACCUGCACCGCAGCCGACGCCAGCUGGCUACGUGGACCCUUUCACCGGCGGCUCCAGAUAUAUCCCGGGAUCUGGCUCAUCGAGAGCAGAAGUGGUGGGAAAUGCUGAUCCAUUCACUGGCGGCUCGAGCUACACGACCAAAGAGAGUAGAGCGCCGCAAGUGAAGCAUUUCCCAGUCAACGACCGAAUGACAUUCGACAACUGUGAUGCAGCGAAAAUUCUGGAUAAACUACGAGAGUUCAACGCAAAAACGGGUGAUAACAAUACAACUGUGAGUGAUGAAGUGAUCGAGGCUGCAGUGAAACUAGCUUAUAAGGAAAAUGACUUCGACAAAUUAUCAGCAGAGGCUUUGAAAUGCCUGUUAAGAUGGCCCAAAGAAAUACUAUUCCCCGUCCUAGAUGUGGCCCGCUUGGCCGUACGAACUGAACGAGUCUGUGCGGCUCUCAUGAGUACCGAGUUCCUAGAAAAUCUCUUAGAAAGUUUAUCCAGUCUUCCCGCCAAUCAGCUAAUGGCCGUCCGCUGCUUUGCGAAUAUGCUCGUCCACCCGUACGGCAGCAUGCACCUGGAGCCCAUGCUGCCCAACCUCCUGCAGACCGUUUCGAAGAUAAACAAGGGCAGCCCCAAUCUGCAAAUAGCGAUUGCGACGCUGCUACUGAAUCUCUCCGUUUCCCAGAUGCAGUACGCGAAAUCAGAGAAGUGUCGUCGGAUCACGGAGGCCACCCUGGAGUUCCUGAAAUGGUGCACAGAUCUGGAAGCGGCGUACCGGGCGAUGCAGACCUUGGGCAACAUAACGUGCACGCCGUUCGGGACGGAGGCAGCGGCCCAAGUGGCUUCACUGGAGGCGGUAGCUAGCAAAAUCAGAGGAUAUGCAACCACAGACCAGCCGAGUGGGUUUGAGAAGGUCACAAAGUGCGCACAGGCCUUGGCGCUGACAUUUUGAGCUCUUCCCGGGGGGCGUGUAGUAAUUAUGCUAAAUUCAACUCAAUAUGUCAUGGCAACGUCUUUUUUAUUACAACAUCAAAUAAAUAUGUAUAAAAUUUAA